CUGCUUUGCUGCGUACCUGUUGGCUCAAUGGUCUAUGCUCUCUGCCUUCAAAACAGUGUCUUGACCUCAACACUAAAGCCAGAAAUGCAUGUUCGGUCUGGAAGUCUCAUAUGUCCACAUCUAGCUGAUUUUUAGGAGACGACUUACAGCAUACUGCUUUGGACGACUACUCAGUGGAUCUCUUGCAUGACCUGCGAUGAUGGAUUUCUGAUUUCUGAGGCCUUUCCCUCCCACGUUUUCCUCUGGAGGUUAGAGUUUAAAGUGACCUGUUAGAGCUGAGAGCCCUCCUGGGACUCUGGCUGAGUUGUAUUUAGAGUGCUGCACCUUGCUCUGUGGCACGGCUGAGGGGGAGUCGGGCGACAUGCCCACCCUCACCCGCCUGAGCAAGCUGUGCAGCUCCAGCCGUAGCCACAGAGUGGACCGCCCCACGCGCGUCAGACGGCAAGACUCGGUCAAGCGCCUGUCCGUCAUUGAGGACGGGGAAGUUGCCGAGGUGCUCUACCUCAUCCCCAAGGUCUACAUGCAGCAGCUGCCGUUCAUCAAUCCCAAUGACUAUUACCUGAGUGAGCGACUUAUUGAUCUAGCACCAGUGGCGCAUGCACAGGACACACACCAUUCCAGUGAGAAGCCUCUGAUCCAGUGCUACAAGUGUGGACAGCCAUGUAAAGGGGAGGUGUUGCGGGUGCAGUCCAAGCACUUCCACCUGAAGUGUUUCACCUGUAAAGUGUGUGGCUGUGACUUGGCUCAGGGGGGCUUCUUCAUGAAGAAUGGGGACUACCUGUGUACCCUGGACUACCAGCGUAUGCAUGGGACCCGCUGCAACGGCUGUGGAGACUUUGUGGAGGGAGAGGUGGUCACUGCCCUGGGCAAGACCUACCACCCGGCCUGCUUCGUCUGCACCAUCUGCAAACGACCGUUUCCUGCUGGGGAUAGGGUGACCUUCAACGGCAAAGACUGUCUGUGUCAAUACUGUGUUCAGCCUACGUCACCAGGACCCGGGAAGGACAUCAUUGAUUCCAACUGCUGUACGGGCUGUGGUCGGGAUAUUAAGAACGGUCAGGCUCUCUUAGCUCUGGAGAAACAGUGGCACCUGGGCUGCUUUAAGUGCAAGGCCUGUCAGAAGGUUCUCACGGGAGAAUACAUCAGCAAGGACGGUGCACCGUAUUGUGAGAAGGACUACCAGAUCCAUUUUGGGGUCCAGUGCGAGGCGUGCCAGCAGUUUAUCACAGGCAAAGUGCUGGAGGCAGGGGACAAACACUACCACCCCACCUGUGCACGAUGCAGCAGGUGUAACCAGAUGUUCACGGAAGGAGAAGAAAUGUACCUGCAAGGAUCAACUGUAUGGCACCCUGGCUGUAAGGACACGACCCGGACCGAGGAGAGACAGAGGGAGCGGCCUUCGAGGUCAUCAUCCGACAGUAUCUGUUCCAGACCUGGUUCAAGCAUACCUGGCUCACCGGGUCAUACCAUUUAUGCAAAAGUAGACAAUGAGAUCCUUGAUUACAGGGACCUAGCCGCCAUUCCCAAAGUCAAAGCCAUUUACGACAUAGAGCGCCCUGAUCUGAUUACCUAUGAGCCUUUGUACACCAUGUCCCUUGAUGAGAAGGAUGAGAGGAGGGAGAGUGUGGGAGAGCUCCAUACCGCCAGAAGAGAACGUUCCCCCAUGACAGAUGACAGGUCAUCGAGAAACAUGUCUCCUACCCCAUCCGCUGAGGGCUGCUAUGACAUGAGGGAACGCAUCCUCCAGAGGUCCACCAGUCAGGGCUCCAUCGGAUCACCUGUCUACAAUCGCCAUAGUUACACGCCGCUGUCGCGCUCGCCGCAGCAUUUUCACAGACCAGAGGCAAUGACGGGCAUGCAGAAGCUCUGCUCCGCCCUGUGCAGUAACAGUGUGGGCUCCUCCAGCAUUAACGACUCCCGUCCCACCUCCCCUUUCAGACAUCACUUCCUCCCCCAUAGCCAAGGCACUGAGCCAGCCAACGGUCGAAGCUCCCCAAUUCCCCAAAGGCCAGACAGCCGGCCGGUAACUCCGCCUCUCUCUCUGACUCCGAAACAUUUCCACCUCCCAGAUCAGGGGAUCAACAUUUACAGAAAACCACCCAUCUACAAACAGCACGAUUUACCCACUCCAAAAAGAAAGUCCGCUGAUGACAUCAUCAGAUCCGCCACGUUUCCUGCCGCCUUUGCCCCCCCUCCGGAUGACACUUCACCCAGCGAGAGUGACCACUGGCCCCCCUGCUCCCCCUACCUGGCUCUGGCUGCCUUAGGGUCAGAAGGAGGAAGGAGACGGUCCAGAGAGGAGGAGGAGGAGGAGGCCCUGAAGAGAAAGCAACUGCACGAAGAGCAUAUCAACAAGAUUCAGUCUGGUUUGGGGAAGCUGAUUAUGAAAGAGGAAAAUGAGAAGGACCAGAUCAGAGAACGUCAUGCACGCAGCCAAUCAGCUCAGCGCUAUCAACCCCAGCCAACCAAAUGUGAUGGAGAUGAUUCCAAAACCUCAUCACUGCCUGGUUACGGAAGAAAUGGGUUACACCGGCCUCAGUCAACAGAUUUCACUCAGUAUAACAGCCAUGGGGACAUGGGUGGAGGAGGACGAGAGUUUCAGCACUUAAGGGAUGGCCGUGCCGCCGUUACAAGAAUGGACAGGGGAGUAUCUAUGCCUAAUAUGUUGGAACCAAAAGUUGUACCAUAUGAAAUGCUCAUGAUAACCAGUAGAGGGCGAGCUAAACUGCCCAGGGAGGUGGACAGAACCAGACUGGAGCGCCACUUAGCCCCAGAAACGUUCUUUGACAUCUUUGGAAUGGAGAUCCAGGAGUUUGACAGGCUUCCACUGUGGAAACGCAACGACAUGAAAAAGAAAGCCAAGCUCUUCUAGCAGUCAGAGCAGCAUGCAGUCAUCCCAUCCCUUCAGAUAGCACUCUGUCGACAUAAACAGAGAUGUGGGAUUUCUUUGGAUUUUCUUUCUGACUUAUUCAGGGAAGCAAUGAAAUUGACUUUUUUCCCUAUUCGCUUCCUCUUUGGACUGAAUACGUGAUUUAAUAACCAAUAGAUACAUUUGAAAGGCUUCACGCGUAAAGAAUGAAAGUUAUUCAGUGUUCAAAUGUGACAAAGAAUGAGAAAGAAUUAUGAAUUAAGUCAUGUUCUUUUUGACUGGUGCGCUUCUUUUUCCGUUUUGUUUUUCGCUUUGCUUUGAAUGGAACUGCUUUACUUUUCUUGCUUAUUUCCUCAUAUUUGUUGCUGUUGAUUCCUGUGGAAGUUUGUUUGUAGAAUCUCAUGGCGCCAUAUGAAACAUGCUGUUCACAUGCAAAUCUGGAAUGUCUGUCGACUUCAUAUGUCAAUGGUCAGCUUGCCCUCAUCUGAGCUGAAACGUUUUAGUCCAGUGUUGGCGUCAAAUCCAAUUGCUAACAGUGUGUUCAUCAUGGGAAGUAUUAGGUCUUGCCAUAUAUAGCUGUAGCACAUAACAGUUAUCCUAAUCAGUUAACCAUGUUACUCUCACAGCUAUUAGAGUCUGUAAAAGCCAUCAUUCAGAACUACAUAAUGUAGUUCUAUAUCCGGGUCAUAUUCAGUAAAGUAUAGGACCUUUUAAAGGCCCAGUGUGGUCACUAGCUUGAUUUUCCUGUUUUUUUUUUAUGUUUCCACAUAUCUAUCAGUUUUAAAUAAAUAACACAUUGUGAAAUAAUGCUUAUUUUGUGUAAGAGCUAAAUUGAUACACAGAAAUAAUUUGAUAUUGAAAACAACAGCUCUACUGGGGCUUUAAAAUUUGUUUUCACUGAUAAUUUAACUAUUCUGCCCGCCAAGUUUCACAAAUUAUAUAUAUUUAUUUUAUUUUUUUCAUUUGAUGUCCAUUGAAUACAACCCAGGUAGCCAGCAUAGGCUACAUUAGCAGCCAUCUUGUCCCGCCAACAAAACAGUUUCACCCUCAGGCUCCCAUGAAAAUGACCCAAAAUCAGUUUUCCUUUGAUUAAAUUGGAGUAGCAAUUCCUUUUUUCUCACAAAUAUUUAUCAAAGACCACACAAAAAUGUUAAAUGUAUAAAAAAUAACUGUAUUUGAGAUGACUGUUUUAUAAAUGAAACUCACACUGCCAUUUGUUGUAUUGAAAUAUAAGCAAAAAUAAAGCUUUAAAUCCGUGUGUAUCAUGA